UUUCCCUUUGCUUCCAUGGGUCGUUGCUCCUAUUCUUGGAGACAUGGGUGGGGCCACGCGCUAGCCCGCUUUAGGCAGCGAUGACCCUAGUGACACCUGCUCCACCCUCCCUCUCAACCUCACUGACCAUCCCAUCCCCCCCAUCACCACCACCACCACCACCACCUUCAUUUACACGACGUAUUGCCAAUACCAAGAUUGAAUGAAUAUAUACAUCACUCGGUGCACUUGCUCAUCAUUUCUGGCCUCUGGCUCCCCCUUCUCUCCUAUGCCCUCGCCCUCGACAGAAUCGUUUCACACUUCGCCGCCCGCCAAGCACCACUCCGUUGAAACGCCAACAAAACUCCAUCAUCAUCACCCACUUUAAAAAUAAUCCCUCCUACCGACCGACUGUCUACGUACCCCCAUCCACUCAUCCAUUCAAUCAUUCAUUCAUUCAUUGAUGCUGCUCAUUUCGGCCGAGGCUUCCCGUACCGCAUCUGCCCUGCACCGCCCUGUCCGAGUAAUCCUCACUCCAUUUCCUCGUCCUUACUCAUCACCCAUCCGGUCCCUCGCCCGCCAGUCCAUUCGUAAUCCUAACCCAAACACUCCGCGGUAGCCCAUCUCAUCUCAUCUCAUUUCUAUUCUGUUCCCCGGUUGCGGCUACAUGCAUUUCAUGCCCUCUCUCCUGUGCACUGCACUGCACUACCUCCAUCUACGCAUGUAUGCAUGCAUGCAUGUAUUGUUACUAAACACCGCUACCUCUGUUCCCCCCCCCAGUCGUUGUCUCGUACAUGCAAGUACUGCAGCACGAUGAUGAUGCCUUUUACGCGACACGGCUUUCCAAGCUGAAACCUCAUCCCUGCGCCCUCUCUCCCGCUGCCAGGCCAGGUGGCUUGUCCCAUCCAUCCAUCCAUCCAUCCAUCAGAAACAUCCUCAUCCCACAAUCCGAUCGAUCGUCGUUUGCCAUUUCGCAUCCAUCUGUUUUAUUUCCAUCUCUCUGUCUCGUGUUUUUUUUUCGCCACCUUUCUUUUUUUUGGGGGGGCCGCGUGCUACGUACACCUGCAUGCAUGACCUUGCUACGCUACGAAAGCGUAGAUAUGUAACGCCAGUAGACCACUCCCAUGUUACCGUAUAUUCUUCUUCUACACGCAAACAAAACUACCAUUUGAACAAAAUGCGCCCAUGCGUGUGUGUCUGUGUCUGUGUGUGUGUGUGGGUGUGGGUGUGCGGAGUCAAAUCUUCAAAGUGGAGAACACAGAACGGUCCCAGAGAACCCACGAGUGAGUUUAUUCUAUUAUGCGUGCGUGGUAUUACCAGGGUUCCUUUC